CGCAGGAAAGGGGCGGGGCUUUGAAGGAAGCGGAAGUGGUGGCUGGAACGGAAGUGAAACGGCAGUGAAUCCGCUGCAGAGGGGGACAGUGAGGAAAAUCCGAUCUCGUCUGAAUAAAUAACGACAAGUCUCAUUGCUGGUUUGCGAUUACUCAGCCUUCAUUAUGGACAAGUCUGAACUGGUACAGAAGGCCAAACUUGCUGAACAAGCCGAACGCUAUGAUGACAUGGCUGCUGCCAUGAAGGCUGUGACAGAGCAAGGUGGGGAGCUGUCCAAUGAAGAAAGGAACUUGCUCUCUGUUGCCUACAAAAACGUUGUCGGUGCUCGUCGUUCUUCCUGGCGCGUGAUAUCCAGCAUUGAACAAAAAACUGAGGGCAAUGACAAGAAGCAACAGAUGGCGAGAGAGUAUCGUGAAAAAAUCGAGGUUGAAUUGCAGGAUAUCUGUAAGGAUGUUCUGGACCUUCUGGACAAGUUUCUGAUUGCACAUGCCACACCACCAGAAAGCAAGGUUUUUUAUCUGAAAAUGAAAGGUGAUUAUUACCGGUACCUUUCUGAGGUAGCAUCUGGAGACAACAAACAAGGUACUGUAACAAGUUCUCAGCAAGCCUAUCAGGAAGCUUUCGAAAUUAGUAAGAGUGAGAUGCAGCCAACACACCCCAUUAGGCUUGGUUUGGCUCUAAACUUCUCUGUGUUUUACUACGAAAUUCUCAAUUCACCUGAGAAAGCAUGCAGCCUAGCAAAAGCGGCAUUUGAUGAGGCAAUAGCUGAACUGGAUACAUUGAAUGAAGAGUCCUACAAAGACAGCACUCUUAUCAUGCAGCUACUAAGGGACAAUCUUACACUAUGGACCUCAGAAAACCAGGGAGAAGAACCUGAUAAUGUAGAGGGAGACAACUAACUGCCAUGCUUUAAUAUAUUUUUUUUUCACCGUCACUCUGUAUUGUAUACACAUAUAUCCCUUUUUGUGCGAUAAGAGAAUAGUACAUCAACUUUCACAACCUCAGUGUAGCAGAACAAUAUGUGGAUUAAGAUAAAAUGGCUGUUUACUCUAAACAGGAGUAAUAUAUUAUGUAUACAAUGGCAUUCUUUAUAUAUAUAUAUAUAUAUAUAUAUAUAUAUAUAUAUAUAUAUAUAUAUAUAUAUAUAUAUAUAUAUAUAUGAUUUAAAUAUGUAAUUAUGUCUUGUUUAUCCCUUUUUUUUCUUUUUUUUUCUUUUCUUUUAUGAGAACACUGUGAUUAUGGGGUUUGUUAUGAAAAUGUAUUCUCUAUUAGUAACUUUAUUUUGCAACACUGCAACCAAUACUAAAAAAUAGUUGAAGUACAGUUCUACUGUAUUCAUUUUUCAGGAUGUUAGUGAUCAUACUGUGACCAUUAGGAUAGAAUGGGAUCGUGCAUUGGUAUUUUGGAGUGUUCUGUUCUGAUUUAUAUAAAUUUUGCACAUUUGAACAGUUUGAGUCUAGAAAAAGUCUUGUUUUUGAAUAUUCACACUGAAUUUUAUGAAUUAGUGUAAUGCUUACUUUUGCCACAGUAACUGUAUACAAAUCCAAUUUUUAUUACAUCAGGGGUCUAAUGAAAUGCAUACUGUACAACACAACAUUGGUAAAUAUUGUGAAUAUAGGGAUAAGGAUGUCCGUUUCUUAAGAAGAAAAAAAAAAAAAGGUUGAGCCUCCCAUUAACAACAUUAUUAGAGUAUUGUGCAAAUAUGUUCCCUUUUUCAUUCUUUUAUUUUUGGCCACAGUAUUUUAACUGUUUACAUUUUUUAAUUAAAGAAAUCACACAUUGUUCUGCUUGCCCUUACCUGUCCUUUCUCUGUAUAAUCAUUUUAAACAUAUGUAUGGACAGCCCAGGUUGAAUGCACUUUGAAUUCCUUUUUCUACACUGAAAUUUUAGAUUUUCAUUUUUUAAGCUCAUAAUAACCAUUGACACAAACACCAGCUUAAAUUAUUGAACACUUUCAUUUUCUAAAUUACAAUUGGUUUAAUAUAAAAAAUGGAGUAUUGUCUCUAAAUUGUAUUCACUUUCCCUGCAUCACAUUAUCCCUAUUUUAACAUUCCACUUGGCUGUAAACUUUUUCUAAGUAUCUGACCAUCUGUCUGCUUCAAAAACAAAAUUCAUGCACUGAUUUUUCAAUUUUCCUAAGCCGAACAAAAUGUGCAGUUAUACUUGCGCUUGAUAAAUGCAGUAGUGAAUGUGGAACUGAGCCUGUCUGUAUAUCUGGUAGCUCUUUUCGCUUUGUUUUUACUGACCAGUAUUCUGCCUAAAGUUUGCUUCUGUGUUGGUUUAUUACCUAGCACACACGUGGUUGUGAAAAUAGUCUAGCAAAAAAAAAACAAAACUGGUUAUUGAUGUACUCGAACUUUGUGUAUGUAUUUUCAACAGUUCUAGUUUCACCCUACACAGAUUAAUCAGGAACAUGUAAGAAUUCAAAAGCGAAAUAAAAAAAUGUUAUCAACA